AGUAGACGAAAAAACGCAGACCCUCUUUCUGUUCUAGUCCUCGCAACCCUGAGUUCUUCGCCGCCCCCUCCCCUCGGAAGAAGCUUCGCCGGGAGAGAGAUCCCCGCCGAGAUGGGGUUCAUCGGCGACCAGGUGGAGUCGAUCCGGUCGAUGCAGGUCCGCCAGGUCCUCACGCAGAUCAUCAGCCUCGGUAUGAUUGUUACCUCGGCAUUGAUCAUAUGGAAGGGAUUGAUGGUUGCGACAGGGAGCGAGUCGCCGGUUGUGGUGGUUCUUUCUGGUAGCAUGGAGCCUGGAUUUAAAAGGGGUGAUAUUCUGUUUUUGCACAUGAGCCAAGAUCCUAUCCGCACUGGAGAAAUAGUUGUUUUUAAUAUUGAUGGCCGUGAAAUUCCAAUUGUUCACCGUGUGAUUAAGGUUCAUGAACGCCAAGAAAGUGGAGAAGUUGAUAUCCUCACGAAAGGUGAUAAUAAUUUUGGGGAUGACCGACUUUUGUAUGCACAAGGGCAGCUUUGGCUUCAGAAGCAUCACAUUAUGGGACGGGCUGUAGGCUAUCUACCAUAUGUUGGGUGGGUUACUAUUGUGAUGACUGAGAAGCCGAUUAUUAAGUACCUUCUGAUUGGCGCGCUGGGCCUGCUGGUCAUAACAUCGAAAGAGUGAAGCUGUCAACCUUUGUGCAUGGUUUGAUCUUGUAGUGCAAAUGUAAUCGAGGGCAGAACAAGUUUUGUUGCGCCGUGUACCAACUGGACGAUGUAUUUUUAUCUGUUCCUACAGUUGUCUCUGCCCAAAAGCCUAAACCCAGCUCUUAUGCAACAGUCAUCUUCUGAUGGUCUUAGCUAAUGACUUCGAUCUUUCUUAA